GUUCAGGAACAUUCAUCUAAAGCUGGUGAACCAUCAUGGCCGCUUCCAUAGUAAGAGGUAUUGGCUCUAACCUUGCUAAAAACCUUCGAGAGAUUCGUCUACAUUUGUGCCAGACAUCGCCUGCGAGUCAAGGAGCAAGGGAUUUUGUGGAACAGCACUAUGUGGAACUGAAGAAGGCAAACCCCACAUUCCCCAUCCUCAUCAGGGAGUGCUCAGGUGUUCAGCCUAAGCUUUGGGCAAGAUCUGAUUUUGGUAAGGAGAGCAGUGUGGCCCUUGACAACAUGAAUGCUGACCAAGUGGCUAAGGUGCUGGAGACAGUUGUGACAUCAUAAGAAUGACCAACUCCGCUCCCCCGAGGACACCUUUCCAACUGAGAUGGAGUGUGGAUUGUAAAGGACUUGUAUCACAUAAAGCUUUAUUGCUGUUCUAAUAAAUCUGAGUACUAACUUGUGACAUGCUGCUGCAUUGAUAUGUUUGUUAAUUGUUUGUGUUCAUAUGAACUACAUUCCAUUCAUAGGCAUGUGCAUAUAUUGGUAAGUCUAUUGUUAAAAACUACUGUCAAACUCACAGAAGGCUAGCACUGUUCAAUGUUCCCAAUUAUGGUCUGAGAGAAUUGACCAGUCAGCAUUUGACUGAAAGAUACACAAGUGGCUGGCAACAAUAUGAUUUUAUAUUCUUGCUAUAUAAAUUCACACUUUCAUAAGAUUUUAUGAAUAAAGAAACCAGAUUAAGAGA